AUGGCUACCCUUCAGAACGCUACCGGCACACCUUUGAGCGACACGCAGGGCGCGUUGCCUGCGAUCCCUGCUCUGGACAACAGCUACGGCGCGAUGCUCCUAGGUACCUUCCUUGGGAUCAUGCUCUAUGGGCUCACCAUCCACCAGACCUAUAGAUACUUCCGACUAUACUCUAGGGAUCCUAGACCAUUGAAGCUUUUCGUCUUAUUGAUUGUGACGCUGGAGACACUCCAUACUGUGAUAUGGAUGAUAGCAUGUUAUCAUUUCCUGAUAACGGACUACUUCAAGCCCAGUGCAAUCACCGCCGGACAGUGGACCGACAAAGUGAAUGUCAUUCUCACGAAUACGGCAAGCCUUGUAUGCCAAUGUUUUUACGCGCGGCGUGUCUACCUGCUUCACACGAAGACCCGCUGGGUUGUCGCUCUCGCUUCGGUGUCUAUGCUCGCAACAUUUGGCUUUGGAAUCAGCGGUUGCGUCAAAGCGUUCGAGUUGAGUCUAGUAGACUUCCCGCGGUUCAGCUGGCUCAUAUCGGGAGCGUAUGGCUGCGCGCUCGCGACCGACACGCUCCUGACGGGAGCGCUCAUCCAUGUGCUGCUGCAUAGUCGCACAGGGUUCAAGAGUACGGAUUCCUUGAUUGACACGCUCAUCCUGUAUUCGAUCAACACCGGUCUCCUUACUGGCAUCACAGGGCUGCUUACCUUCGUCUUCGCGCUCAUCUUGCCAGGCAACUACAUAUACGCCGGUCUCAGCAUCGUCAACCUUAAAUUAUACGCGAACUCCGUGCUCGCCAUACUGAACUCGCGCCGCUCGCUGGUGUCGAGCGCAAGCAUGGUCGACGACUUCGAGCUGUGCCCAGCAUCCGGCGCCAGCUCGAGCACCGAGCAGUCGCCCGUGCCGAUCGUCACAUGGAAGAGCCCCCAGUGGGCCGUUCCGUCUUCUCAGGUCUCGACAUCCCUCUGGCAGUCCACGGUGGGUUCGGGGGCGGUGCCUACGUCGCACGAGUCGGAGUCUGGUCGGGAGUUCCCCCUCGGACUCGGAGAAAAGGAUGACAAGAAGAGGACCUUAACGAUGGAGACGUCGUCCCCGGUGUAG